AUGGCUCAAGACGCACCUAGGUCGAUGGAAGCGAGAGUGGGAAGGGACAAGCAGAGAUACGGACCCAACGGCGAGCGUCUAGUCGCAGGCGUCGUGCCCCUCUCAGCAGAUCGCACACAAGUCCUCUUGAUCCAAAAUUCGAGCCGCAAGGGUUGGGUCUUACCCAAAGGUGGUUGGGAGACAGACGAGGACACCCAGCAAGAGGCGGCCUGCCGCGAGGCCUGGGAAGAAGCGGGCAUCGAAUGUCGGGUGGACAGGGAUCUCGGCGAGAUCGAUGAGAUGCGCACCGAGGCCCAGCUGGCCAAGUAUGGUGCGGAUGCGCCACGCGCCCUGUACCGAUUCUACGAGGUCUGCGUCGUUGCGGAAAAGGACUCAUGGCCCGAGUCAUACAAGCGUGUGCGCCGCUGGCUCUCAUAUCGUGAGGCCAAGGAGUCACUCAAGGAUCGGCCAGAGCUCCUCGAGGCGCUCGAGAGGAGCAGUGUGGUGCGAUAG